CAUUCGCAGUAGAGUACGGCGUGUCCCUGUGCGGCAAUAAACACCUUUUUCGGCAAAUUCGCAAUUUUUCGACGGGUCGUAUGCGGUUUCGGUCGAUCGGGUCAAGCGAAGUAACGGCGGCGUGCUAAUCGAAUUCUGAUAACGGACGGACGGUCGGAAAUCAGGCCAAUGUGACUGCGUUGUUGCUUUCACAGCUGAUCGCGUUCGUGCGAGUGCCUUGCAUUGCGAUGACGGGUUCGUCGACGGUUCCGGAAGGCACCGACGAAAAUUACUGGAAGAAUGACCUCCGCAUGGUCCGGUUCGUUCAGGCUCUGUGGUUACCCACCGUGACGGACGGGGCGAAUGAGAAAAGUUUGACGGGUGUUGUUAAACUUUUUCUCCGUUUGGUAAUCGUUGAGUGAAAUGAAAAUUCUAACCUCACUUUCGCACGAUGGCAUUUCUUACUCCGAUUAGUGAUUGAUCGGCGCUGUUCGCCGUUAUUGGUCCAGUGUAGUGUUCCGUGCAAUCGAUUUGUUUGUUAUUGAGUGAUCAAGUGAGAAAUAAUUCACUGUUGAGUGUAAGCGGAUAGCGCAGGAGGGUCGAUAAAAGUGCUGUUUUUUUUCUUUUCUUCUGCGGUGUGCCACGAGGGAGGUUAGAUCUAGGCGAAAAGCGAGGUGAUUUAUUUAUAUGUGCAGGAAAAGAAGAAAAUAAAUAAAAAAAAGGUUUCAAGUAUUUCAGCACUCGCGCGCACGUUUCGCGUUCCAUACACUGAUAGGUAGUGUGUGCAGCCAGACGACCAAAUAUUAAUGAAGCAAAAUAAAAAUAAACAUCAAAACAGCAUAAUAAAACCUCAACCAUACAGAACGGAGAGAAUUCUAGUGUACCGUGUUCGGAAGGGGCCGCUCGGAAGGAUCGCUCAUCUGCCGCCUCGUUCCAACUAACGUUGGGAUCGGCAAGUUCGUACGACAUAGAAAAACAUGGUGUUGCUGCAGAAAGCGAAAAAAAGUGUGCAAAAAGUGUGUUAGUAAUCAUGGUUAGGAGAAGAAAAUACCAGUGUAUUGUUUCAGGUUUUCCGGUUUACGUGAGAGCAUUCGAAUCAUCGCGCGUAGUGUCUCCGAGAGAACCGAGUUUGUGCAAAAUCGAGGCCCUGAUGUGGCCAAUCGGGUGAGAGUUGUGUGCUUAUCUCGGCAGUGACAACGGCACCGACGCUAGUUCGGUGAAACCCAACAGCCGCAGUGGCCCCCCAGAAUGUGUCCAGUGGUGCCGCGGGGGCCAGCCGAACGUACAGGCUGAUCUUAAUGCUGCUGACUCUGGUAUUGCUCCCGUCGGCGACUCCCCUAGCGGUGCCACCUGCGGCACAGUCUCAGCUUUUUCAGCGCAAGCAACAGCAGCAGCAGCAGCAGGUCGUCACUCCCACGAUAGGCGGUGCUGAGAAGGUGGUUUCGGCUGCUCCACUAAUAGGCAGUCAUCAACCGAUGCAGCAAAUGCAGCACAAUCCGAAUCAACAUGGUCCACGUAAAUCGAUUUCGUCGGGUGACCUCAUUCGGUUUUGGCCGGAUACUCCGCCGGAUCUGUACAAUAUUACUCUGAGGGCAAUGAAACAGUACAUCCGAAGUCAGAUCAAUUCGACUAGACUCGGGAAGGGUCCCCGGAAGCGAUCCCACCAUCAUGCAGAUGCUGAAUUCGACUUCUACAUGAAGUUCAAGGAAUUCAACAAUACUCAGUCGACAAUUGGUUUGUCCGAUUCGGUCGGUUUUAGCAUCAACAGGUUUCCUAGUUAUAGCAAUCAAACUUCGUUCAAUGAUUCGACCGGAUUCCGUCGUUCCAACGACGACGGGGAAGCUGAUCUGCAGGUGGAUGAUCCAAUGGCUUCGUUCAAACUUCCUUCGGAUUCGGAUGCUGUGGUGAAAUGUGCUGAUGUGAAGAACAAUGAUCGUACAUCAAACGACGCAGAUCUACAUGCAGUUUCCAGUAAUACCGUCACCCAGAAGGACUACACCGUCCUGAUGGAUGAUCCUAGAGGAUACAUAGCGGCAUCCUCGUUAUACCCGCAGCGACCGCCGAAGGCAACGAGUUGGGACUCGGCAUUCAUCAGACAUAAAGGAUACGUCUAUUUUCUGCUGUCAUUCUCGCUCAUCGGCGCAGUCGUGCUGGGCCUGUUUGGUGUGUAUCGGUGUUUCCGCGUGACCGUCAGCCGUGCACCGCCUGAGGCUCUGGCUCUGCCGAUCCAGUUCAUCACCGACGACCUAGCAGCACCUUUAAACGCCGACUCGAACCAUCCGUCUGUACCCAUGCUAUCGGUACAGUCACCCGGCUGCGCGGGGAUGGAGCGGCUCGGCGUUCCUGCCCGCAGUCCCAUUGGCUCACCACCUCUCAGAGAUGAACGAAGUCGACGACUACGAGUAGACUCAGGCGUUGCGAGCGCCACCAGCAACUCUUCCGCCAUCUACCAGCAUCAUCCCAACGUGCACCAUCACAGCCAUCACGCGCUUCACCAUCACGAUCGCCUAAUAGUGAGCAGUAAUACUAGCAGUAAUUUUAUGAGCAAUCAUAACUUCCACACCCAGUUCCAUCAAACGACGACGGCGGCAGCAGCAGCGGCGGCGGCGGCGGCAGCAACAACGACGACGACGAGUACGACGGCAACGACGACGGCAUCCAGCGAUCGCCAUCGAACUUCUUUAACGACGGCAGGGACCACCGCCGCCAGUACGUCACUGAAGGGUAGUUUGUCGACAGAUGCCAACGGAAGCACCGGUGGAAGUUCCGGCAGUAGCUAUGGCAAGGCCAACUUUCAACUUCAUCACCAGAGCAGCAAUAGCUUCUACGGGGGAAGCACCAACAACAACACCAACCUGUGCAGCAACAGCAUCACCCAGUGUCCGCAUCACGUGGCACUGCCGGAUGGCGAACGGGGGCCAGAUCGGGAUCUGCAGAUACGGCCGUCCUGUCAGCAAUCGGAAAUACCACGAACCUACGUCAAAGCCCCGCCGAACAAAACGGUCCGUGAUGUGCCCGCCCAGUAUCAGUCCGGAGCGUCCUCGACGUCAUCGUCCAUGAGCAAUCUCAACAGCCAUCUGCGGGGCUCCGUAGCGUCCAGCCUCAGUCACUCGCUGAGCGGCGGUGUUAGCCUCGGUAACCGUGCGAUCGCGAACAGCCUGUCCACCCUGGGCAGUGGUUCUUCGACCACCGGUGGUUCCAACGGCCAGCAAGCAAAGCCUGACAAGUCUGAUAAAAAGAAGUGUUUCCUGGGUAUCCCGUUUCUCUCAGGUAACAAAACAUCCAAAACAUCCACUAGUGGUAUUAAUGUUAAUAAUAGCGAUAGUAGCAGUAGUCACAAUAACAACAAUUAUGGACCUAAUAGUAGCAGUACUAGUUGUAAUAACAACAAUUAUCAAACGCGAAGCAAUUCGUACGGAAACGGUAGUCUGGCCGCGGUGAGCAGUAACCGAGUUGGUUUAAGUUCUAGUGGCGGAAAUAAUCUAGCAGUAAGUGGAAUACACAGUCGCAAUUAUUACUAUCGACAAUCGGUAACGUCGGUUCAGCAACGGCAACAGCAGCAACAACAGCAGCAGCAGCAGCAAACUCUGUCAUCGUCGGUCCCCAAUGCUUCCUCGGGGUCACUCAACCAGGGUAACAGCACACCGAUGUCGCUGUCAGCUAGCCCCAGUCCGGACACCAGCACACACUACAUGUGACAGGACGGUGGCCAGGCGCUGGAUAGUUGAAAUGUUGACCCGGGUCAUCGCGGUGAUCUGUUUCCUUUUUUAUUCAUAAAGCUAGCUAAUCGAUGUCGUGAUAAUACUUGUGAUUCUGACCAUGAUCCGGACGGCGAUGAGGGUCAAAUGAAGCAGGCAAAAGUUACGGCUAUCGAAAUUCCGCUACGUUGUUCGUUACCUAGGUUCGACCGUAGCAGUCGUAGACCAGCCACAGGAUCCAGCUGGGAUCCACCGACGAUGAAGAGCGCAGUAGCGAGGAAUACUGCGGUUAGUUCCGACGUCAAUGCUGCAAACGCUGGCGCCGGUUGCCGCGUGAUGCUCCUAGAGUGCGAUGACAGUUUGUAAACGGAACCGACUGGGCUGUGCUGGACUCGUCCCCUUUGCUUCGUACGGGAAAUCGAUCCGUAGGCUCUGUUUCAGCAGCCCCUAGAUAUAUCGGAAUGUCUUGCACAGUGUUACCGGUGGUUGGAAUUUGCUUUCUCGGGGGGGAGGCCGCUUCAUAACCAAUAUGCUGCUGAAUAAACUGCUGGAGUCGAGUGGCAAAGACUGCCACGAUGCCAUAAUUCAUUGGAAGCUAGUACAAAAACGUCAACGCUCGAAUUUAGUAGGCCCAGAACAAACGAUCUCAUUGUGGCGUUAUUGGCAAGUUGCUAGAAAUUUCUUUACUUCGAACUUGUUCAAUGAAUCCAACUACUGUCAGUCACUUUUUCGUGAUCAGUUGAAUCGUUGAGUAAAUAUCAUUCAGAGACCGCUUCUUCUGGUUGAACCAAAUCACUUCAAAAUGGUCCCUAGGAUAUCUUAAUUCUAGAGUUCGAAGCAUCGAACAAGAACUUCACGAUGAAGUGGCCUCGGGGGCUAGACAAACAUGUCAAAAUGGAUUCGCUCCACUUUCCAUGAUGCCUCCCGGAAGCAAAUGACAACCCUUCGUAGAUCAAUCGAGAUCCGUAGAUGUUCCCUUCUGUUGCGUACGACAACGUCCCGCUUAUUUCAUGCCAGCACACGAAAACCGUUGUUUUGAAAAAAAAAAUAUAAAUAUAUAUUUUACCUGUAGCAAGUAAUAUUUAAGGCAGAAUUAAAGGAAAAAAAAAGUAUCAAACUCAUGUGCAAGACUAACAAUUAGUAAAAUGUGCAACCAAAACGACAAAGAAGUAGCUACUGUCAGAAAAAAAUAUAGGUGAAUCGAAACGAGAAAACAAAAACGUGAAAUGUAACAGACAUCUUAAAUUUCAAGUAAAAUGACAGCCUUUAACUCUUCAUUUCCGAAGAGAGUAUGAAAAGCACUAGUGAAAUUUUAUUGUUUGUUAAGUUAAAUUAUUUAAUUCUAAAUCAAUUGUAUUGGCUUGAAGGAGCUAGAACGUAUGUAUAAUCCUAGUGUCAACCACAGAGAGAAAGAGUUGCAGAUGAAGAAAAAAAAAAUCAACUACAAUAGUAAACAAACCGCUUCGUAUCAACCCAGAUUACUAUAAGUCGCGAUAGUAACGAAUAAGGAACAAAAUGGGAAAUAAUGGCUCAACUACUAAGAAAAAAAAUACGAUACAUAUAGCACAGAGAAAUAUAGGAAAGAUACAAAAAAAAACAUACACAACAGGCAGACCCACAUGCAAAGCAAAAACACAUACACAGCAUAAUAAAUAAAUUAAAAAAAAAAUACCGUAAAACAAGAGAAACUUUUUCGUCAAUAGCAACAAGAAAUGAUAUACAACUACAAUUACCGACACAACUACUACUAUUAUUAUUACUAUUAUUAUUACUACUACUACUAUUACUACUACUACCACUACUACCAUAACUACAACAAAAAAAAAACAACUACAGCAGCAAAACAAGCACUACUAUACAACUUACAGCAGACAUAAAUUACAUGGCUGGGAAUGUGUAAUCUUUCUUUUUAAACGAGUUGAUAAGAUGAACAAAAAGAAGGAAGAAAAAUAGUGUAGCAAAAUAAAAAAACGCCGUCAUAACAGUAAGUAAGCAAACAAGUGGAAGAGACAAAGCAGAAAUCAUUCAAUUUAAGUUAGUGUGCAGCGCGCUGAGUCAAGUCUUGUGAGUGUUUGUUUUGUGCGUAUCGGUGUCCGUUCGUACGUAGAAUUAGCUAUGUAAUGUAAAGUUUGUCAAGUUUUUUUUUGUCGUCGUUUGCCGAGAACAGUCACUCUGUUUUCGGCUAGAAUAGCAGAAGAGAGGAUCGAAUGGCAGUUUGAUCGCCAUCACGCUUACAUCGUCUACUACCGUGUGCGCGACAAGUCGAUAAGCACUUUUCACUUCUGGAAUGAAUUGUGAUAAAAUUACCAAAAUCGAAAACCAUUUUCAUUUUCGUUCGACACAUCUCAAUGAGAUGUUCAAAAUUAUGUUCAUUUGUAGUUGUUAUUUUAAUUUUGUUUAGGCUAUACUGGCAACGGAUCCGCACCGUUGGAGCGAAAUCAAACUGUUCGAAAAUUGUAGCUACAAAAAACUUAAACCAAAAAAUAUGAAGAAACGACAACACACUCAUGAAACGCAGUCGGCCAAGCUUAAGGGUACAGUUCCGCGUGAAAGAAAUAGUAUGAUUAGGAAGACAUGGAGUUGCUUUAAGCGGUUUUAGAAAAGCUAGGAUUGCGGUGAACGAGAACACAGACAGACACACACAUAUACACAGUUUAUUCAUUAAAAUAAACGUUAAGCGAAGGAAGUUAAAUUGUGAUAUAUCGAAGGUGAAGAAUAAACCAGAAUAAAAAAAAACUACUAAGCGGUGUUCAUUAUGUAAACGUUAAGAGAAUGUAGCGUAAAGGUAAUUUUAAUCGCAAUGUUUGUGUUGUGUAGGAAAUAGGGCCCAGGCCGUGAGUUAGGGAACUAAUAACAUCUGCAGCAGUGACGUUCUGGUGACAUUCACGCGUAAACGCUAGGUUGGUCAAAGGUUUGAAAUAUUGUCAGUACCACUCGGUUGCAAGAUUUGUUCGAUUGAUUAAGGUACCAGUUAGGGAACUGUGACUAGCGAUCACGGACGCAAAGGAACCAUCUAUUUCAUCUGUUUGCCGUAUGAACUUCGAACAGUCCAAAAUAUACAUAAACCAGGUUCGAGACACAGUUGGCCGUGAGAGUAGCGUUAUGCCACUUUAAGUUUUAGAGUUAUGUCGUUUUCCCUAGAAGAUGAAACUAAUCCAAAAUGCUGUCAAAUCCAUACAUUUGACAGCAGCUAGGGUCGAAGCUGGAUUUUGCUUCAAGCGAAAACGCCGUUUAUAACACUUUCGCAAGUGGAAACAAAGUCUGACGUUUGCAGUCACUGAUACUGGCAAAUUUUCGAGUCCUUCGAUUUCAGUGAAAAAAAUUAAAAUUGUAGAAAGAGUAUUCAAUUCUGAACCUUCAAACUUUAAAAAAGCUGUGUGAAACAAUCUAGUGAAAUUGCGUUACAAAUAUCAAUUGUGUGCGAUUUUGCCCGCAUGAUUUCUAAUUGUAUGCAAGUACAAACGCAAGACACGCUGACUGCUCGAAAGCAAUUUUCAAUGGGGUCACUCUUAGAAAAAAAACGCUCAACGGUGGUCCUUCGUUGGACCAAUAAACGUCCAAUCAAUCGUUCAACGGGAGACCAACACGGGACCUUCGUUUGCCGACUUUGAAACAGACCGUUUAACCGAAUGUCAUUUUUUUCGUUCAAUAAACCCGGCAGACAGACAUUUAUUGUUGAGUCAUUUUUCAUAUUAGGGGUUGGAGUUCUGUUGGAGUAGUUUUACUGAAGAAUUUUCGAAGCUUUUCCACUUAUUUUUCUAAACUAACACUACAUACCUCUACAAUACUUCUACUUCACGUAGAAUAACAACAAAUUUUCUUUCUAUAUAAAGGUAACACCUGAUUCUCACGCUUUUUUGUAAGAGAGAAAACAACAGCAAACUGAACGAAUAAUUCGUGCAGUAUGUCGUUCAAUAAACGCUCAACGACCAACAAAAUAUAAUCGCUUACUGAGUGGAUUGUAUGUAAUUCUUAUGAAGACGUCAUCGUCACGUUCAACGCACCGGCACCAGUGAACAUCCCAAUUCUAGAUGCAUAAUUUAUGUCAGUUACAAAAUUUUAAUCUGGAUUUUAUAACAAGAAAAACUGGCAGCCCCAGCAGUGUUUUACUCGUGUUUCAAAUAUACAAAAAAUAGAACGGUUUCGUAGACCAGUUUUAAAUUUGACAGUAGAAUUGGUCGAAUAAAUAAAACUAGAACGGCUUGCUGGGGAUACGUUUGUUCCAGUUUCUGUUCUAUUAUAGAUCUUCCAUAUAGAACUUCUAGCUGCUGAAUUUGCUCUUACAUUUUAUAUAAGUUGUAAUUGAAUGCGUUGAACUAAAAAUCAACGCUAGCUUUGAACGCUGUACUUGUAAUGAAAUGUUUUCUUUUGAAAUUCUGUUUCAGUCAAUUUGGAACGAGAAGAUUGUAUCAUUCGGAAAUUAUUCCACGUAGAUUAUUUGUGGGUAAGAAAGCGAAACACAAAUUUCAUGCAAAAUUGCCAAAAAAUUGUCAUUCAAAUUUAUAAGAUAAUAACAAAAAAAAAACAAUCCUGAGUACAGAGAAAAGGUGGCGAAGUUGAGGGUGGAUAAAAAUUAAAUCCUUUAGCCUAGAGGUUUCAAGAGUCGUUCAAUUUUGUUUAUGAAUAUCAGUUAAAAACUCAU